AUGCUCGACAUCCUUCUGUUCCGCUCCGAGCAGGGCGGCGACCCGGACCUCGUCCGCGAGUCGCAGCGGCGGCGCUACGCCGACGUCGCACUCGUCGACCAGGUGAUCGAGUACGAUCAGGAGUGGCGCAAGACGCGCUAUUCGCUCGAUCAGGCGCUCACGACGCGAGGCAAGACGCAAAAGGAGAUCGGCGGCUUCAUGAAGAAGAAGGAGACGCCGCCGCCGGAGCUGCUCGAGCAGAAGAAGGCGAUCGAGGAGGAGAUCGCGCAGCUGCAGGCCAAGGAGAAGGAGUGCAUCGAGCUGCGCGACUCGACGAUCGGCAAGAUCGGCAACCUCGUGCCGGACGACGUGCCGGUGCACGACGACGAGGAGCACAACGCGGUGGUGCACGAGUUUGGCGAGUUCAAGCGCGAGGACUGGAUGCUCUCCCACUACGACCUCAUCCAGAUGGCCGGCCUCGCCAACACCGAGCGCGGCUCCCAGGUCGCCGGCUCGCGGGGCUACUUCCUCACCGGCGCGGGCGUGCUGCUCAACCAGGCGCUCAUCUCGUACGCGAUGCACUUCCUGACGUCGCGAGGCGCGACGCUGCUGCAGACCCCCUUCGUGAUGAACAAGUCGCUCAUGUCCAAGGUGACGGGCGCCUCCGAGGACCAGUACCUGAUCGCCACGUCGGAGCAGCCGAUCUGCGCCUACCACCACGGAGAGUGGAUCGACGACAAACAGCUGCCCAAGCGGUACGCGGGCUACUCCACCUGCUUCCGCAAGGAGGCGGGCUCGCACGGGCGCGACCAGCUCGGCAUCUUCCGCGUGCACCAGUUUGAAAAGGUGGAGCAGUUUGCAAUCACCUCGCCCGAGGGGAAGACGUCGUGGGACGAGCAGGAGCGGAUGAUUCAGACCUCGAUGGACUUCUACCAGUCGCUGGGCAUCCCAUACAAGGUCGUCAACAUCGUCUCGGGCGAGCUCAACGACGCGGCGGCCAAGAAGUACGACCUCGAGGCGUGGUUCCCCGGCUCGAACGCGCACCGCGAGCUCGUCUCCUGCUCCAACUGCACCGACUACCAGUCGCGCCGCCUCGAGGUGCGAUUCGGUCAGACAAAGACCGAUGACGGCAAGAAGAAGUACUGCCACAUGCUCAACUCGACACUGAUCGCCACCGAGCGCGCCAUGUGCUGCGUCAUCGAAAACUACCAGACGCCCAUCGGCAUCCGCGUACCAGACGUGCUGCAGGAGUACAUGGGCGGCGUCGACUUCAUCCCCUUCGUCAGCCCGCCGCCGCCGCCGCCAAAGCUCAAAAAGGGCGAGAAGCCGCCGCCGCCGCCGGCGCAGCACGUCCCGACAAAGGAGGAGGUUGCCAAGGCGGUGGCCGAGGCGCGGGGUCCGCGGGUGGCGCUGCAGCAGUACAUGGACGCAAUCACGCCGCAGCUCAACGACGCACUCAACGCGCUGGCGCGCGAGCGGCCGGAGCAGCCGCUCGAGGCGCUCGCAUCGCUGCUCGCCGCCGCGGCCGCCGCGCAGCCGCCCGCCGCCGCACAGCCCGCGGCGGUUGCGCCGGCGGCGGAGGCGGCGCCCCCCGCGUUUGACGAAGCGGAGGACCUCAAGAAGAAGCAGGAGGAUUUGGCGCGCAAGGCCAAGGA